CAAUCCAUUCAAUCCAACUAAAUAGCAGCGGCAGUUCCACUAGCGUACUGCAUUGACUGACUGAUCCUCGACAACGAGCUUCUUCUUCCUCUUCUUCACUCACUCUCUUCUCCUCUUCGUGUUGCUGAUGUCAUCUAAUUUGACUGGGCAAAUCGUAUUUCCUCCCGAUGUUCAUAGUCACAGAGUGUGGGAGGAUCCAUCGUUCAUCAAGUGGAGAAAAAGAGAACCCCACGUUACUUUGCAUUGCCAUGAUUCAGUUGAAGGAUCACUGAGGUGCUGGUAUGAUCGCAGCAAAGUAGAUUUCCUCGUUUCCAAGUCAGCUACUUGGAAUGAUGAUGCUGUUCUUGGAGCUCUUGAUUGUGCUGCAUUUUGGGUCAAAGACUUACCCUUUGUUAAGUCCUUGUCUGGAUACUGGAAAUUUUUCUUGGCCGCAAGCCCUACUAGCGUCCCCAUAAAAUUUUAUGAAAGUGAAUUCCAGGACUCAGAGUGGAACACUUUGCCUGUUCCUUCAAAUUGGCAGCUACAUGGGUUUGACCGCCCUAUAUAUACAAAUACAGACUAUCCAUUUCCAAUGGAUCCUCCUUUUGUUCCCACAGAGAAUCCUACAGGCUGCUACAGGAUUGAAUUCCACAUUCCUAAAGAGUGGGAGGGUAAAAGAAUUUUAUUGCACUUUGAAGGUGUUGAUUCUGCUUUUUGUGCUUGGAUAAAUGGGUCCCCUGUGGGAUAUAGUCAGGACAGCAGGCUUCCUGCUGAAUUUGAAAUCACUGAUUUUUGUCAUCCAUGCGGUUCAAACCUUGAGAAUGUUCUAGCUGUUCAAGUGUUUAGAUGGAGUGAUGGCUCUUAUCUUGAAGAUCAGGACCAUUGGUGGUUAUCUGGUAUCCACCGUGAUGUGCUUCUUCUGGCAAAGCCCAAGGUAUUUAUUGCAGACUAUUUUUUCAAAUCAAACCUUGCUGAAGAUUUUUCUUAUGCAGAGAUACUGGUUGAAGUUAAGUUAGACAACUCCCAAGAGGCAUCAAAAGAAAGUGUUCUUGCAAAUUAUACCAUAGAGGGAGCACUCUAUGAUUCUGGAAACUGGUCUGUCUCUGAUGUACCGGAUCUACUUUCAUCUCAUGUAGCAGACGUAAAGCUCCAGCCUUCAGGCACAGCUUUAGGAUUUCAUGGUUUUGUGCUUGUGGGGAAAAUUCAAUCACCAAAGCUUUGGUCUGCUGAGCAACCUCACCUCUAUACCCUAGUUGUUGUCCUCAAAGAUCAAUCUGGCCAUCUUGUUGAUUGUGAAUCAUGUCCGGUAGGUUUUAGAAAAGUAUCUAAAGCCCGCAAACAGAUGCUUGUUAAUGGGCAUGCUGUCAUAAUAAGAGGGGUGAACAGGCAUGAACAUCAUCCACGUGUGGGGAAGACAAACAUAGAAUCCUGCAUGGUCAAGGAUUUAGUCUUCAUGAAGCAAAACAAUGUUAAUGCUGUGAGAAAUAGCCAUUAUCCCCAACAUCCUCGUUGGUAUGAGCUAUGUGAUCUGUUUGGCAUGUAUAUGAUAGAUGAAGCCAACAUCGAGACACAUGGUUUUGACUAUUCUCAACAUCUCAAGCACCCUACUUUGGAACCAAGUUGGGCAAAUGCAAUGUUGGAUCGAGUGAUUGGCAUGGUUGAGAGAGACAAAAACCAUGCAUGCAUUAUUUCUUGGUCUUUAGGGAAUGAAUCUGGAUAUGGACCAAAUCAUUCUGCUUUAGCUGGUUGGGUUCGAGGAAGAGAUUCUACAAGAUUAUUACACUAUGAGGGCGGUGGAUCUAGAACGUCAAGUACAGAUAUAGUGUGCCCCAUGUAUAUGCGUGUUUGGGACAUUGUCAAAAUUGCCAAUGAUCCAACUGAAAUCCGUCCUCUAAUACUAUGCGAGUAUUCUCAUGCAAUGGGAAACAGUAAUGGAAAUAUACAUUCCUAUUGGGAAGCAAUUGACAGCACUUUUGGACUUCAAGGGGGCUUUAUUUGGGAUUGGGUUGAUCAGGGCCUAUUGAAAGAAGGACUAGAUGGUAGAAACCAUUGGGCAUAUGGAGGUGACUUCGGGGAUGUUCCCAAUGACUUAAAUUUUUGUCUAAAUGGCCUCACAUGGCCUGAUAGAACUCCUCAUCCUGCAUUACACGGUGAUCAGUACUUAUACCAGCCAAUAAAGGUGACACUACGUGAAGGAAAAUUAGAGAUCACAAAUGCUCAUUUUUUUGAAACGACACAAGGAUUGGAGUUCAGCUGGAGUACCCAUGCAGAUGGAUGCAACCUUGGGUCAGGAAUUUUGAGUCUUGCCCCUAUAAAGCCCCAGAGUAGCUAUGCUAUAGAUUUUCAGUCAGGUCCAUGGUAUUCUCUAUGGUUUUCGUCUGUUGCAGAAGAAAUAUUUCUGACGAUAGAUGCUAAGCUUUUGAACUCCACCCGUUGGGUUGAAGCUGGUCAUAUCAUUUCAUCUACGCAAGUUCAUCUGCCUGCCAGGAGAGAAAUUGCUCCUCAUGCCAUCAAUAUUGGCAGUGACGCUCUACAGACUGCUACUCAAGGAGAUAUCAUCAAAGUUAGCCAUCAAGAUAUAUGGGACAUAACCUUCAACACCAAAACAGGCACAGUUGAAAGCUGGAAGGUUGGAGGAGUUCAUCUGAUGGGUAAAGGCAUACUACCAAGUUUCUGGCGAGCUCCUACUGAUAAUGACAAAGGAGGAGGACCCCAUAGUUAUCUCUCCAGGUGGAAAGCUGCUCAACUUGACAGCCUCCACUUCAUUACUGACAGUUGUACCAUACAGAAUACAACAAAGAACUUGGUUAAAAUAUUGGUGGUUUUUCACGGUGUUUCUGAGCACAAUAAAUCAAAGAUUCUUGUUAAAAUCAAUAUGGCCUAUACCAUUUAUGCUUCUGGGGACAUCACUGUAGAAUGUGAUGUGGAGCCAAAUUCUGAUCUUCCUCCGUUGCCGCGUGUGGGAAUUGAGUUCAAUUUGGAAAAAACAUUGGAUCAAGUAAGGUGGUAUGAGGGUCCAUUUGAGUGUUAUCCAGAUAGAAAGGCAGCUGCACAUGUCGGGGUCUAUGAGCAGAGUGUAAGUGACUUGCAUGUUCCCUAUAUCGUCCCUGGGGAAUGUUCAGGCAGGGCAGAUGUUAGAUGGGUGACAUUCAGAAAUAAAAAUGGUUUUGGACUAUAUGCUUCAAGGUAUGGUAGCUCUCCACCUAUGCAAAUGAGUGCAAGCUAUUAUAGCACUUCAGAGCUUUGCCGGGCCACACGCAAUGAAGAGCUUGUUGAAGGAGAUAACAUUGAGGUUCAUCUUGACCACAAGCACAUGGGUUUGGGUGGAGAUGAUAGCUGGUCCCCUUGUGUGCACCACCAAUAUUUGGUUCCUGCCAUACCAUACUCCUUUUCUGUAAGGUUGUGUCCAGUAACUCCUUCCACUUCCGAUCAUGAGAUUUACAAAUGCCAACAAAACUCUUGAGGUGUUCUGAUCGGGGAAUAGUUUCUUGCUGGGGAUCAUAGCUAGAGAACUCUCUCAACAAGAAAAAAAUCUCAUGCAUCUAUUCUAGCUGGCGCCUUGAUGCCUGUGAAUAAUCUUAAUAGUUCUUUUUCUUUCUUGCUUUGGUUUGCGAAUAUUGUACAUCUUGGUUAAUAAUGAGUGUGCUGUAUUUGUGAUAAGGUCAUGUAUUGUUUUUACAUUCCUGUACUCAUGAUAAUAAUGAUCCUAGCACACCCAAGUGAAUCUAUUUGAAUGUAGUUCCAAUCUACCCGAAAA